UAACAGACUUGGGUUUGGGUUUGGGUUUGAGUUUGGGUUUGGGUGAGGUGUACACUGGAGAGAGAGAGGCCAUGUCGAUGUCUGCUUCACUUUCCUUCCUUCAAAGUGCUUGCGCGUAUUCGCAGCAGAAGCUUUACCUCCGUGCCAAGUUGGAGUGUUUAGGGUCCUCGUCCUCCUACCAGCCGCUGAUUGUUGAAGCCAAGGCUAGAACUAGAAGAGAAGACAGAGCUGCCCGCCACUCUCGCCUCAGAAAGAAGGUAGAAGGGACACCAGAAAGGCCCAGACUGUGUGUCUUCCGCUCCAACAAGCAUCUCUAUGUCCAAGUGAUUGAUGACACUAAAAUGCAUACUCUUGCUUCAGCUUCAACGAUGCAGAAACCCAUAUCCGAGGAGUUCAACUACAGCUCUGGUCCCACUAUCGAUGUGGCAAAAAAAGUUGGUAAAGUUAUUGCUAAGGCUUGUCUGGAUAAAGGAAUCACAAAGGUGGCCUUUGACCGAGGCGGAUAUCUGUACCAUGGACGUAUUGAAGCCCUUGCUGAUGCAGCUCGGGAACAUGGUCUUGAAUUUUAGUGCUUGGGCAGACAAUUAGUUGUUUACUUCUAAAUUGGUCAUUUCUUUCAUUUUCCUACUUUUUUUUUUUUUUUUUU